UACUCCAAGUCGUUCUCCUGUCAAUUUGCCAGCUUUACGUUCCAUUUGUACUUUUCUGUGUGAUUUGACUUGUCGACUUCGCUUUUUAAAAAUACAACUUAAAAUGGAUAUGAGCAAUAAUUCUCUAGUGAAGGAUGAAAUGCCUGGCAGUAGUUCGGUUUCUGCAAGUCAUGCAGAACGGAACAAGCAAAUGGUAAUGGAACUACAAUUAUCGAUUCAAAAGACUCAAACAGAGUUAGUGGCAAUGAAACACAAAUUUAUCAAGUACAGGAUCUUAAGGAAUGAAUUUAACUUCGAACUUGGCAAACUCGCCAGUCUUAACCAGAAAACCCGUAUGAUCCACCAGAGUUUGGCCAAACUCGACGCUUCACGGGUUCUGUAUGAAAAUGAGUUAGCCAAAUCUAUCGAUCAGUUGGACACCCAGCGUGUUCUUGUUUCUCAAUGGAAAUCAUUCUUUAAUAUAAACAGCUGUGAACUAGAAAAUAUUCCAGUGGAAUUAUCCACUAAACUACGCGAAUACAACCAGGUCAUAAAGUACACAGAGUGGCGCGUUACUAACCUAAAGGAAGAAUUGAAGAAGAUGAACAGCCAAACAUCAAUCAUGCUCAUUUUCUUAAUAAAAUCUGACCAGACGGCUCACCAGCUAGAAGAAAAUUUAAAACUUCUUUCGGGCCAACUGGGCUAUUAAUUUUGAAGGCCAGAUAAUUUGCUAUCCAAGUUUAAAGACCAUUCAGUUCGACUCCAAUUCAGAAGGAUGUUGUGUGAUAUAGUGAAUAUGUAUCCAUACCAAGACCCACAUUUUCCUAUUAAUCACAGCUCUUAGGCGGAUAACUUGUUUUGCAUAGCUGAAUAAAAACCAUGGAUAAC